AACAUCGUAGAAUGACGCCCUGCCUCCUGAUAAUGCAUCCACCAUGUCCAGACUGGAAGCUAUGAUUUGUCCAGUCUCCUCACAAGCGCGAAUUCGGCGACCCAGCGAGGACUGGACGGGAGUCACCGAUCCUGCUGUGCGCCGCAGACUGCAAAAUAAGCUGAAUCAACGCGCUCAACGGGCAAGAAUGAAGGUCGCCCGCGACCAGCAGAAAGCAGCAAUCCAGCAAGCCAAGAACAAACGGAAACAAGCAGUCAUCCUGCCGAGAACUACCCAUAGUCCAUCAUUAAAGUAUAAACAGCCAGCUACACUUUCAGAGGCCGCUGUCAUGAUGGCACACUUUGACCAAGUCGCAUACGAGAGGUACUCCACUGGGAAUCCCUGCUUGGACCAUCUCAUGACCCUGUCCAAGUUCAACGUUCUUCGUGCCUUCAUACAGAAUUUCACACUCCUUGGAUUAACGCUCCAUGAGAUCGAAGAUGAUAUCUUGUCUCCAUUCAAUACUGCUCUCGCAAACCCGCGUGAACCUUGGCAUCUGCCUCCAGCUCUUGCGCCAACGGUUGUUCAGAUUCAUAUUUCUCACCAUCCCUGGCUUGAUUGCUUCCCUUUCCCACAGAUUCGAGACAACCUUGUCCGUGUCGCUCAUCUGUUCAACGACUGUGAUCUGUGCACUGAUAUCAUGGAUCCCGCCAGCGGUGAUGUCGGUAUGCUGGUAUGGGGCGACCCAUGGCUUCCGGAAAGCUGGGAAGUGUCCGAGCUCUUCAUUCAGAAAUGGUUCUGGAUUCUUAGAGGCUGUCCAGAUAUCAUCUUGUCGAGCAAUCGAUGGAGGGCUAGGAGAGGCUUGAAGCCGCUUAGCCUCAGUUGUAAGACAUUGAACAAUGUUCACAAAACUGAAGAGGGGAAUGUGCCUUUGGAGGACAUUAUUGACCUGGAGCGAAGCGCGUGAAUUCGUAGUUUUUAUUUUUAUGUUUUAUUUAUCUAUUUAUUUAUUUUCUUGGGGCUACACAGAGGGUAUUUGUAAGUUGCCAGAACGUUGUACAUAUUGUCUGGGGGUGAAGCCUGGCGGACAGUGGUGUAGUCCAAUGGCAUUGAAUUCUAUGAUAU